CUUUGUUCCUUCACCACCUUCUGCAUUACUUAGAAAUCAACCCUAAACAAUAACGCAAAAUGGAAUCUAACAAUAAGAAAGGAUUUGACAUGGAGGCCGGUAUAAGUAAUCAACUGUAUCCAAUGAUGCAAGAGCCACCGCAGAUACGCUGGGCCUUUAUCAGGAAAGUUUACAUGAUACUUGCCAUGCAAUUGCUUCUCACGGUUGGUGUUGCCGCCACCGUCGUCUUUGUCCCUCCAAUCCCGCGCUUCAUUCUCCAUACCACACCUGGCCUUGCCAUCUACAUCGUCUCCCUCAUCCUUACCCUCAUACUGCUUUGGCCAUUGCAUGUUUAUUCCAAGCGUCACCCGUGGAACUAUUUUUUUAUGGCGCUGUUCACUAUUUGCAUUGCGUUUGCCGUCGGUCUUUCUUGUGCUCUCACAAAAGGGAGGAUCGUUUUGGAGGCAGCAAUUCUGACGAGUGUUGUGGUUGUUGGUCUAACUCUUUAUACCUUCUGGGCUGCGAAAAGAGGCCAAGAUUUCAGCUUCCUCGGACCCUUUUUAUUUAGUGCUGUUUUAGUCCUUAUUGUUUUUGGGUUGAUUCAGUUCCUUUUCCCUCUUGGAAAGUGGUCACUGAUGAUAUAUGGUUGCUUGGGAGCGAUCGUAUUCUCUGGUUUCAUCGUUUAUGACACUGACAACCUGAUCAAGCGUUUCAGCUAUGACGAGUACAUCUCAGCAGCAAUCAACCUCUAUCUGGAUAUUAUCAAUCUCUUCCUCGCUCUCCUCAACAUCUUCAAUGCAGUUGACAAUUAGACUCCUCCUAUACCUUUUACUGAUAAUAUCUUUAGUUCCUCAAUUGGAUAGUGGUAUAUAAACUUAUGAAAUACAAAUCUUGCUGUUAUAGCCUACAUAUAACUUCAGUCUUCUAACACUAACGAGUAGCAUUCCUCUAUGCCUUUCUUGA